AUGGCCAGCAUCAACGCUCGCGGUCCCGGGGUGCCCCGUCCCCAUUCGUACCUACCCCAUCGCAAGUCGCGCUCCUAUGCAUCACCCGCCGAAGGACCCACCAGCCUGCGAGCCAACGGAUCCGCCGUCGAACCAGCCGCCAUCCGCCAACGACCAGCACCAGCAGCGACAUCUGCGCCGACCAGCACCAACCGCGACAGUGAUGCAAACCAGCGCCAACCGCGACAGAUGCGCCAGCAGCACCUGCACGACAGCCGCUGUGGGGGAGGAGCGGGACGGGGGAAGGGUGUGGCGGGAACGCCAGCAGUGACAACGCCAGCGACACCCGCGACCGCCAGUAACAGCACCAGAAGCACUCCGCCGCACCUCCUCUUCCCCGCCGCCCCACCUGCUAUCUGCCGCCCCAACCUCCCCCGUUGCCUUCCCCUCUGCGACUACGACUGUGGGGGGGGGAGGUGGUGUGGAAAUGGUGGCCGCCGUGAGCCAAUGCAGCACCACCCUCUGCCCUGUCUCUCCCCUCCCGCGGCUGCUGCUGUGGGGGGGGGGGGAGUGGCGGGGACCAGGGAGGUGGGGAGACUAGCUGCCCGUGUUCAGGACAUUGCAGGGACUACUGUGGGUGGGGCAGGGGUGUGGAGGAAAGAAGGGGGGAGGGGGUGCGGUUCCAGGGGGCGGCUAAAAUAG